AUGAUUGCUGAUGAUUUUGAAGCCUUCAACCAAGCGUAUGUCUAUGAUCUGGACAGUUAUCGACGCGAGAGCUCUAGAAGCAAAAGACACAAUACGUUCACAAAACGAAGGAGCAACCGAAGGGCCUUCUCCUCGUUCUACUCGCUAUGGUCUUCAAAAUUUGGGUUGUUUGUGGAACGACUUUCCAGAUGCGUCUUCAGGUCCACAACAACCCCUUUGUCCCAACAAUCCAUUCGACUAUCGUCAAGAUUAACUUUCGGCACUCUAUUAUCCCAAAGUAUCUUUGCUAUAACCAACUGCUCCAAUCUAGGCCUCCAAAUCAAAGCCGUGACCGCCUCAACAUCAAUAAAUUCAUUUAUCAACACGAUACCAUCUGUAUUCCUUUUCUCUGAUGAGGAAUCUGUCAAUAUGCCAAUACUCAUUAGGUGGAAAUCUUCACACGGCGAAAUAAAGCAUUUCUUCCGGAAUUGGACAUUGAACCAGAAGUGUUGGAAGACAGACGGAUAUAUUACUUUGUCUUCGAUUGACGUUGAAUUAAGGUUGUGGCUGGAAUUACGGUCUCUUGGGUGCCAAGCUGAGCCCGCAAUUUUUCCUUUUUUUGCUUCCUUCGCUUCCCUAUUCCUGUUCUGUCGGAGUAAUCUGCACGUCAUAUGUGAUAUCCCCGCAGGGUCAGCUGUUGUAGCAAUCGAUGGAUAG